AUGGUGAUGCAGUGUGUGAGUAGGGUACGGUAUUCCUUCUUGGUUAGGGGAAGACCACAGGGUUAUGUCAUUCCUAGUCGAGGACUGAGACAAGGAGACCGUCUAUCACCUUAUCUUUUUCUUAUCGGAACUGAGGGUUUUUCAGCUUUACUCCAUCAGAGGAUGAUCACAGGUUCCUUACCGGGUAUUAAGGUAUGUUCUGAUGCACCUUUGGUGAACUAUUUAUUGUUUGGAGACAAUAGUAUGCUCUAUGCACAGGCUUCGGUGGAAUCUUGUACUGUCAUCCAGGAAGUGUUGGAAAUUUAUGGGAAAGUGUUUGGACAGGUUGUUAAUUUUGCUAAGAGCUCGGUGGUCUUUAGCAAGAAUGUGCAUAUCGAUCUACAAAAUUAUAUUUCGAGCUUGUUGGGGGUGGAGGUUGUGGAAUCUCAUGCAAAAUAUUUAGGCCUUCCCACUUACGUAGGGAGGAAGAAAACGUCUACUUUUCAGUACAUUAAGGAAAGGUUGUCUAAGAAACUUACCACUUGGCAAGGUAAAUUGUUGAGUGGGGCGGGAAAAGACAUUUUGAUCAGGGUGGUGGCUCAAGCGUUACCUACUUAUGCUAUGAGUGUCUUCCAACUUACCAAGAGUUAUUGUGAUGACCUGGAACAGCAGUGUGCAAGGUUUUGGUGGGGAAGUACUUUGGACAUGAGGAAGAUCCAUUGGAAGAGUUGGAAUGCUCUUUGUAAUCCGUGA